AUGAAAGCAAUUAGGAACCUCAAUUUAGACAAUGUCAGAAACGACUUGCGUCGUAACUUGACUCAAGUGAAUCCACUAGUCAGCGCUGAUAUGAAACAUUUGAGUCACAGCAUUGCAGUAGAAAGAAAUGUAUGGAACAAUCUGAAUAAUUUGGCACUCGAGCAGAACGAGGCAGCGAAAAGCCUGGCU